CGCGAUACGAGUCUCGCUGGAGUUGAAGUUUUGCGGCUUUGUCGUGUGUGGGUGUGAAGGACUGACAGUGAAGAUGAAGAUGCUGCUGCUGCUGCUCGGGUUUUGUUGCGGACUGGUGUUUGGUGAUCAGAAUCGCUCGGAUUCUCAUGAUCAGAGAGUUUUUCCAGUCCUAUCGAUUAAUUAUGAUUAUGUUCAGAUGCCGUUCGAGGUCUCGCUCUGGAUUCUGUUCGCGUCACUCAUGAAACUGGGCUUCCACCUGCUCCCGGUUCUGUCGGAUGUGGUUCCUGAGAGCUGUCUGCUGAUCGUGGUGGGGCUGCUGGUGGGGGGUCUGAUCCGUGUGAUGGGGAAGAACCCGCCGGUGCUCGACUCGCAGCUCUUCUUCCUGUGCCUGCUGCCGCCCAUCAUCCUGGACGCAGGCUACUUCCUGCCCAUCCGGCCCUUCACCGAGAACGCCGGCACCAUCCUGACCUUCGCGGUGCUGGGGACGCUGUGGAACGUCUUCUUCAUGGGAGCGGUGCUGUACGGAGCCUGUCGUCUGGAGGCCGGCCGCCUGGCGUCUGUCGACCUGCUGUCCUGCCUGCUGUUCGGCUCCAUCGUGUCCGCCGUGGAUCCGGUGGCUGUUCUCGCCGUCUUCGAGGAGAUCCACAUCAACGAGCUGCUGCACAUCCUGGUGUUCGGAGAGUCUCUGCUGAACGACGCCGUGACCGUGGUCCUGUAUCAUUUGUUCGAGGAGUUUGCGCACGCAGGCGUGCUGACGGUGGGCGACGUGUUUCUGGGCGUGGUGUGUUUUUUCGUGGUGGCGCUGGGUGGAGUGCUGGUGGGAGGCGUGUACGGAGUGCUGGCGGCCUUCACCUCACGCUUCACGUCGCACACGCGUGUGAUCGAGCCCCUGUUCGUCUUCCUCUACAGCUACAUGGCGUACCUGUCGGCCGAGGUCUUCCACCUGUCUGGCAUCAUGGCGCUCAUAGCGUGCGGCGUGGUCAUGCGGCCCUACGUGGAGGCCAACAUCUCCCACAAAUCCUACACCACCAUCAAGUACUUCCUGAAGAUGUGGAGCAGCGUGAGCGAGACCCUGAUCUUCAUCUUCCUGGGCGUGUCGACGGUGGCCGGGCCGCACGCCUGGAACUGGACCUUCGUGAGCAUCACCAUCGUCCUGUGCCUGCUGUCCAGGGUUCUGGGUGUGGUCGGUUUGACGUACAUCAUUAAUAAGUACCGUAUGGUGAAGCUGAGCGGUAAGGAUCAGUUCAUCGUGGCGUACGGCGGACUGAGGGGCGCUAUCGCCUUCUCUUUAGCGUUUCUGCUGUCCAACAACGACUUUCCCAUGAAGGACAUGUUUCUGACGGCCAUCAUCACCGUCAUCUUCUUCACCGUGUUCGUGCAGGGAAUGACGAUCCGACCCCUCGUUGACCUUCUGGCUGUCAAGAAGAGGAAACAAAGCAAAUGCUCAAUAAACGAGGAGAUUCACACUCAGUUUCUGGAGCAUCUGCUGGCUGGAAUCGAGGGCGUGUGUGGACACUACGGACACCAUCACUGGAGACACAAGCUGAAUCGCUUUAAUAAGCGCUACAUCAAGCGCUGUCUGAUCGGCGGAGAGCGAUCACAGGAGCCACAGCUCAUCUCCUUCUACAACAAGAUGGAGCUCAAACAGGCCCUGAUGCUGCUGGAGAGCAACAGUUCAGCCAAUCUGAGCGCAGGAGUCACUGCAGCCAUACCACGGCAGCGCAGCCGGAAAACGCUCAACAUCUCUAAAGAACGAGAAGAAGAAAUCAGGAAGAUCCUGCGAGGAAACCUGCAGAAGACCCGACAGAGACUGCGCUCGUACAGCCGGCACACGCUGAAGCCUGACGCGGAGGACGACGACUGGAGCGAGACGCGGCUCAGGAAGCAGCGCGUGGAGAUGGAGAGAAGAAUGAGCCACUUCCUGACGGUUCCUGCGCUUCCAGAGUCUCCUCCAGCGAGAAGAGCGCGCGUCGAGUCCGGUGAGCCUCUCAGAUCUGACCAGGGCUCUUCUCUGACUGCAGUGUUUGAGCCGUGAAUGCUGACGCUCUCCUGCAGACAGACCCA